UUAGGGUGACACAUAACAAUCACACUGUACAAAUCAAAUAGAUGAACGGUGAAAACAAGGCUUUAAAAUUAGCUAUACUUUAGUUGACAUUGUGUCAACUAAGUCGGUUCUUUAAUGUGCCAAACAUUAACGUUAAUCGGGGUUCAAGUGAAAAUUGUAAAUCGUUUCUGUCCGCGGUCGAAGACACAUUGAAGUGUGUCGCAGCAUGCUAACAUGAUGCUGAAGCCUUCAGGCAGGUCACCGGAUGAGGGGAGAUCCAUGUACACUCACUCACAGAAUAACAUCUACAAAAGCGGGGACAAAACCAGCCCUAUCAGCGUCAUACUGGUCAGCUCUGGCAGCAGAGGGAACAAACUUCUUUUUCGGUAUCCCUUUCAAAGAGUCUGUGAAUGUCCGUCAUCUCUUUCAGGAAAACAGCGGAGUCCAUAUGCACUGAACACAGCUGGAGAUGUCCUCGAAGAUCAGGAUGGUGAUUCAAGGGAGCAAUCUCCUCUAACUGACGAACAGUUGGUAGCAGGGUUUUCUGAUAUCAUCCUUGCCACCAUACUGGCCACGAAGUCUGACAUAUGUGGAAAGAAGUUUGAACUGAAGAUAGACAACGUUCGAUUUGUGGGCCACCCUACACUCCUCCAGCAUCCUCCCAUCACUCAGGUUUCCAAAACAGAUCCAUCGCCCAAGAGAGAAAUGCCUACGAUGAUCUUGUUUAAUGUGGUCUUUGCACUAAGGGCCAAUGCUGACCCGUCGGUCAUCAGCUGCAUGCACAACCUGUCUCGGCGCAUUGCUAUAGCUCUGCAACAUGAGGAGCGCCGCUGCCAGUACCUGACUCGAGAAGCAAAACUGAUGCUGGCGGUCCAAGAUGAGAUCACCACCAUGACUGAGAUGGAUGGAGGUCCACAAUCCCCAUUUAGGCAAAUUCUUCCAAAAUGUAAGCUGGCCAAGGACCUGAAGGAGGCUUACGACAGUCUUUGUACUACUGGCGUGGUGCGACUGCAUAUUAACAACUGGCUGGAGGUUAGCUUCUGUUUACCACAUAAGAUCCACAGGAUUGGUGGCAACUAUAUCCCACCUGAGGCAUUAGAGCACAGCCUAAAGGCCAUCAGGCCCUAUCAUGCCCUGCUGCUGCUAGAAAGUGAGAAGGCUCUGCUCAGUCAGCUUCCACUCGACUGCUCCCCUGCCAUGGUGCGCCUGAUAAAAACCUGCUCUGCGGUGAAAAAUCUGCAACAGCUCGCUCAGGAUGCUGACUUGGCCUUACUUCAGAUCUUUCAAAUUGCUGCUCACUUGGUUUAUUGGGGCAAGGCAAUCAUUAUCUACCCUCUUUGUGAGAACAAUGUCUACAUGCUGUCUCCUCAUGCCAACAUCUCAAUAUACUCCCCGUUGGCUGAGCGCUUUGCCCAGCAGUUUUCAGGUCACGACCUGCCCUCCAUGUUAGCCAAGUUCUCACUCCCCGUCUCGCUGGCGGAGUUCAGAAACCCCCUGGAAGCUCCGGCACAGGAGGCCCAGUUGAUCCAGAUGGUGGUGUGGAUGCUUCAGCACCGUCUGCUCAUACAGCUGCACACUUAUGUUUGCCUCUUGGUUCCUCCAAGCGAGGAUGAGCCUGGACUGAGGGAGGACGAACUUCCGCUGGCUGCCCGAGUUGGAGGCCGGAGUCUCAGCACCCCUAGUGCUCUCAGUUUCGGUUCUCCAACCAGCAGUGAUGACAUGACUCUCACCAGCCCCAGUAUGGACAACUCUAGUGCGGAGCUGCAGCCUGGCGGAGACUCCCCACUUAAUAAAAGGAUGACAGAAACGUUACUCACAAGCCUGUCGGAGCACGAGAGGCAGGUUAUUCUUAGCAUCCCCGCUGCACAAAAUCCAGAGGAUCUGCGAAUGUUUGCCAGACUGCUGCACUAUUUCCGAGGACAUCACCACCUGGAGGAAAUUAUGUACAAUGAGAACAUGAGACGAUCUCAGCUCAAGACAUUAUUUGACAAGUUCCGCAGCGUCCUUGUGGUGACCAAUCACGAAGAUCCUAUCGUUUCCAUCUUUCAGUCACCAAGUCACAGCGACAGUUUUGGUACCCACCAAAUGGAAAAUAUGUCAACUUGAGAGUAGGUGAUAACCUGAGUACCUGCUGUACUCACAGAUCAGUGUUUGCUUCACAUCACACAGGCGUAAUCACGCUCAUGUGUGCAGAUUUACAAAUUGUAGAAAGCAUUUUUCUUUGAGCCAAAUGUUUGUUUACAAAAUUAAAUUAUUUUGUAAAUACUAGACAUGCUUUAAGGGUUAACUGUGAAUACGAGAAGUACUGGUGUACUGGGGGGGUUUGACUUAAUCUUCCCAUCCCACAUCUGUUAGAACAUCUGUGUUGCCUUCAAAGGGGCAUAGUGACUAAUGAUCAUUCCAGCCCUCUAACUACCUCUGUUCAGGAAUCCCAAAGGCGGCGCGAGCAAAAGACUCCAAGAAGUGGAAGAGUCUAAACAUCAGAUGGGCUGUUUUUACUCUGAGAGAACCAGAGUGGUCCAAACAUCUGUUAAAUCACUGAGACAAGAACUUCACAAGUGUGAAUGUUUAUUGAAAAACACAGAUGAGACUAAAUGAGAGACUACUGAUUGUGCACGUGACUAAUUCAGUUUAUUUUAAUUAACACUGAAUAAAUCCUUUACUUCUC